AUGACUGAAGCCAUGGAUAAAACAUGUAUGGAAUAUGUGUUGAAAUUCAUGAAUCCGAAUUUGAGAUCCAACCUCUCCCGAAGGUGCCCCACCAUCCGUCCUUUCGAAGAACCCUUGCCUCUCCCCAUCCAAACUCUCUCCGUCACUCCCACAAGCCUCCAAGUCAACGACAUCACUUACAAUCUCGGUAUAAUCCGUCAUUAUCCGAUCGAAAAGACUCCCGAGGCUGUCAAGGAAAUCAACGAGCAAGGAGGGCUGAAUUAUGACGUGGAUAUCUACGGGAUUCGGUAUGAGCCGAAUAUUCCUAGGGAUCCAGGGGAUACCUUGUUUCGUGAAAAUAAGUUUGUCAGCGAGGAACUGAAAUUUAUGGAUAGAAUGGAGGAGUUGCAAGAGGAGUUGCUGGAAUUACAGUUGGCUGACGAUCCUUUUCUUAUUCCAAGGAUCGAGGAGCUGCAGGAUGAGUUGACCCCUCUCUACCAUCGAUAUAAACGCACUUCCCCACCCUUUGAGCAUUAUCUGUUGCUAACUAUCCUGAAAAAUGGAGCUCCGCUGAAAAUGGAAGUUGUUGGCUAUACAAAACUUCUUCCAGAAGCUAUGAAGUACUUACAGUCGAAAGUGAUCGGGAAUCGAACCCUAAUAGUAGACACCCUGAGGACCGAAGGGACCAUCUUGGACGGUCUUAAAAUAGUGUCAGUGAAAAAUUUGGACAUAAAAACGGAUGCUACAGAGGUCUUAAAUAAUCUGUACCACUCCUUAAACCACCAGAACCUAUUCGAUUCUCUAGAGAUCCAUGGUGACUUUGCGUUUGAGCACCCACUGGUGCAAACUGCUCAGAAAUUGAUAUUCAACGAUUUCGGAGAUGAAGAAAGAUACCAGACUAUGAAGACUUUGAAAAACCGGGAUGUUCUUGUAACUCAUGAGAUAUUUUUCAAGGAACAUGUCAUGGAUUUGAUUGAGUUUUUGAUGGUAGAAGCCGAGCAUGGAAAAUGUUUUCAAUUUCGAGUGCAUGAAGAUGUGAUUGGAGAGGUGCAGAUGUUAAUGGAGGCGCUGAAGGAGGUGGAAGGAGCGAAGGUGGAGAAGGCGAGCUCGCUCAUCUUCCCCGACUCAAUCCUACUCCCAAUGGCCAACUCGCUGGAGCUCCUCGUCGAUUGUCUACUGGAUCUACAACUGUCUGUAGAUGCUAAAAAUGUCUAUAAUUUCAGAUUGAAAGUCCAAUUAUCUAGAGCUGAGGUCUCUUCUUUUGUGUAA